AUGAUCGGGCAAUACAGAGUCCGUGAAGAGUCCGGUGGCCACCGUUUUAGAAAAUCUGUUCCGACUGUCAUCACUUUAGCCUCGCAUGAAAGAGACCAGAUUCUCAGUUCGUUGGGGACCGUGCCGGAUAUCGUUCGCGAGGUUCAUUGCGUGACCGUCGAGGGCCGAUUUUAACGUAGCAAUCGCGAUCGAUCCCGAAUGUCCCGAGCAAUCACCGUGAUCGACAGUCGUGGUAAACUCGGAUAACGACGAUUCAUUCGAGAAAGAAACGAACUCACCAGACGAUCUUUGAAUUCGAUAAUCCUGCGACAAAGAUGGGACCCAGCCUCAGGUUGUGGACGAUCUUUCUGUUGAUGAGACUGUCGCAUGCCGGACAAUCGGUGGACCUUCUGGCUUCCAACGGAUUGAACACUUUGGAAGAGGAAGAAAUUCUCCGUGUACUCUCCCGCAAUCAGACCACUUUAUCGACCAAUUACUCGUUGAUACAGCUGAUCGGUAGCCUGAGGAAUCACACGGUCGAGGCGGGUGAAUAUGCAUGGAAGCCGCUGCAGCUCGAAGUUCAGAACACUAAUCCGUUUUACGAUGACUUCUCAAAACAAAUCGAUCACGAUGCAAAGAAAUUACUGCAAAUUCUCCCUGCAUACGAUCCUGGUGCUGGUCGUGUAAGCCCACAAUGCAAAAGGCAUGCAGACAUUUUUCAUCGGGAAUUGUCUAAAUUCACUUUAUGGGCUUUAAAAAUGUAUGAUGCAACCGCGAAAAUGCCGGCUGGCCUUCUAAAUGGCAAUGUAAAUCAGUUUGGUGACUUCGACGAAUGCAUCGGGAUACAAGGAAGUGAAGGAAUCCGAGGACAAUACUGCUUAGCGUACCUACAACUUAGCAUCGACGAGUCGCGGUUGGAUCUCAAGCACAUCCAUCGCCUCAUGCACUCUCACUACGCAUUCAGAAGUAACAUUACCGAUCCAGGACAUCGAGUACCAAGAUUUAACGUAAUUAAUUGGGGAAUAUGUGCACCGGCAACCUGUAGCUCUAAAGAUGUCGAAACAUCUAUUCGCGAUAUCCUUACGAGAUACACUUCGCAGAUGGAUAUCAAUAUAACAGUAAAAGUGAAUGAAGAAAUGUGUCAAGUGCAAGAGAUGGAGCUUCCAAAGGAAACUAUAUACGCCAGUUUACUCUUUAUAAUUAUACUGGCACUAACGAUCGUUGCUGCACUUUACGACCACUAUAAUAUACCUGCUAGCGAGCUGUUCUUAUCAUUUUCGUUAAAACGCAACUGCAUGAAGCUUAUAUCAUUGGAGCGUGAAAAGAAUGAUAUUGCUACGCUUCAUGGCAUUCGAGCUAUAAAUGCGUUGAUGUUGCUCAUGGCUCAUAAAAGUAUGGCCCUGUUCUUUAAUCCAUAUUCAAACAGAACCGAAAUGAGCGAGUAUCUUGGUAAACCAUGGACAGUUUUAGGAAGAGCCGCGAGUCUUUAUACGGAUCCAUUUAUAAUGCUUUCCGGGCUCUUAACGUCAUACUCAUUCCUCGGCAAGUUAAAAAGAACUGGCAAGUUGAAUAUCAAAGAUGAGUACUUGUCCCGUUUAAUCAGAAUUAUACCACCACUGGCUGCAUUAAUGCUGUUCUGUACUUAUGUCCUACCUUAUAUUGCUUCUGGUCCGCAAUGGAACUUGGUUAUAACUGAACACGCGAAUAUCUGUAAAAGAGCUUGGUGGAAAAAUUUCCUGUUUAUUCAUAACUAUUUUGGAUUCGAAUCGAUGUGUUUAACUCAUACACAUCAUUUGGGUAUAGACACGCAACUGUUUUUCCUUUCACCAUUGAUGGUGUUGCUACUUUACAAAAAACCAAAGGCUGGAACUGUUAUUCUCACUUUGUGUGCUCUAUUUUCAACGUCUCUGCGAUUUUUUGUAACAUAUUUUAGGCACCUAAGUAAUUACGUCUUCUUCGGUACAUCAAUAAGACAAUUAUUUGAUACUGCAGAUUUCUCAUACACCUUGCCAUCACAUAGACUAACAGUGUACAUAAUGGGCAUUUUUGUUGGUUAUUUAUUAAGAUAUGUACCUAAAGAUUACAAGAUGAGUAAAGUGACUUGGUAUGGAGGUUGGAUCCUGUGUCUAAUAAUGUUUUGCGGUUCCUUCUUCGGUCCUGCGCAUAUGGGCUCUAUGGAUUACGUCUAUGAACCAUUACACGCUGCAAUGUACAAUGCAUUCGCUCCUAUUGGAUGGUGCGCUAUUUUCGGUUGGGCAACUAUACUGCAUCAAACUGGAAAUACAAACGAUCAAUUUAGCAAAUUUUUGGCAUGGAAAGGAUUUUUAAUAACCACGAGACUGAGUUAUGCAACAUAUUUAACACAAUUCCCAAUAUAUUUUUAUAACGUUGGGACAACCAGGAGUUCUUCACAUUAUGAUUUCCUCAGCAUGCAAAUAAAUUUAAAUGAAAUGGUAUGGAUUGCUUUCUUAUCAAUAGGUCUUACCCUACUUUUUGAUAUACCAUUCCAAAAUAUUAAAACUUAUUUAUUGAAGAAACCUGUAUCAACGGCGACAACGAAAUCGUUGAAACAACAAUAAUGCUUUUACCAAAUAUUUCAAACUUGACCGAACAAUUUAAGACACUGUAAAUAAUGCUUGAAACCUUCACUUUGUUUUUAGUAAAAUUAAAUCCCAUUUCUUGCCCUCAUAUACAAUGUAUAUGAUAGCUAAGAGUACUUAUUUAUAUAAUGUCAUAUUUGGACUGAGUAAGUGCUUGUAAAUAACAAGAACUUCGUAAUUCUAAUUAUAUAUGUUUAAGAAGUAUUAUGUUGUACGUAAGUUAAGUUUCAGAUUAGGGGAAAGUGGGACAAGAUGGGGGCACAGAACAAUAUAGGACAUUCUUUUGAAUGGCAAUUUAUUUCGUGUUAUUUUGCAUUCAUGUCACUAAAAGUAAAAGAAACACUAGUUACGCUUAUGAUUUUAUUUUUUGACACGUUUCAAACAUUAACAGCUUAGUAACAAUUCUCAAUAAUAUUAUUACUUUAUUACUUUUACACAAGCAACUUCUCAAGGUUUUUAUUUCUAUGUAUAUUAACUUCAAUCGUAAACAAACAAUGAUAUUAUCAUUUAAUUAAUUUCAAUGUAACAUUUGGAGCAAGAUGAGGAGAUUUCCAUAACCUCGCUUAAUUUUUAAAUAAACUCAUUCAAACGUAUAAAAAAAGCAACGAGACAUCAAUGCAAAAAGCCGCUGGAGUAUACAGAAAAAAGAAAUGAAGUAUCGUAUAGCGAUAAGAAAUUUUAAUGUACUCAAAUCUACAUUGGAGAGAACAAUGGCUAUUCAUCGAGAAAAUCCUCAACAAGUAUUCAAGACUAGUUUUAGAUCCUUUAAAAGUGAGUUUUCAAUUAAUACCGUAUAUGUGUGUAACAUAUGCAAAUGGAUGUGUCCCAUACUACCUUGUAUUGUCCUAUUUUAAAAAUUAUUUUUUUCUGCUUUAUCCAUUAAAUUUUAUAAAUCAAUUUUAAUAUAUUUGUGUAAACAGUUAUUAACACUAUACACAGUAUAUUUUACCGACACAAAAUCAGUAAAUAUAAAACAAUACAGCAAGUUUUUCUUAGGGAUCCCAUCUUCCACCAUUUUCCCCUACAUGUAAAAAUGUGUAGUUAAUUAUAAUUUAGUGCAAUGUUAUUUAUCUAAAAAAAAUUUUUAUUGCAUUAAUGCCAUUUAAAAGAAUUCUUACUUUUUGUAUUCUUGUAUUUUAUACUUAAAUCACUAUCAAGUAAACGAAUUUGUAUUUAAAUACAUUGAGCUAUGUUAAUUACUAUGAGGUAACAUUUAUUAAUAAUUGUAUACAUAAAUUACGCUGUAUAUAUUUGACAUUGCUAUUAUUUUUUAAUUAAA